AUGGCUGAACCACACUUGCCGUGGACUCGAGUUCAUGCUGAUUUCGAUCUCAUGAUGGAAGGACAAUACUAUCUACUUAUCAUGGAUCACUACUUCAAGUGGCCGGAAAUCAAAUCCAGAGACGCUUGUCACGGACAACGGAACGCAGUUCACGUCGUCUCAAUUCACUUCAUUCUGCCGUUUUCGAGGAAUCUUGCACAUUCGCACGCCGCCGUUCCAUCCACAAAGCAACGAACAAGCAGAACGUUUUGUGGGCAUCUUCAAAAGAGGACUUGCCAAGCCGAAGAUGGAGGAACCAACAACGACGCACUACAGACGUUUAUGAUGGCAUAUCGCUCCACUUCCACCUCGUCUGCACCUGACCAGCGUUCACCUGCCGAAGCCUUCCUAGGACGCCAAACUCGAACGAAACUCGAUCUAGUGUUACCUUCUAAGAGAUCUCAGAAACGUGUUGGAAACACAACCUACACUGUUCGCUGUGGAAACGAAGUAUGGGCUCGACACGUAGACCAGUUGCGAUCCAGGAUCGCCACAACUGCAACUAACAAUUUCUUGGAUGUGUUCGACCUACCACUCGACUCCGCGAGCAAAGACGGUGGUGCCAUGCCGACUAGCUAG